GAAUGGCUUUGACUGGAGCGCCAAGAGGAAGUGCAGCGGCGGCUGCCAGCAUGCGUAGGAGAAGGACUUCAAGUGGUGCUGCUGCAUCAGGUGGUGCUGCUGGUACCAUGCUCCAGUUCUACACAGAUGAUGCACCGGGACUUAAGAUCUCACCAAAUGUUGUGCUUGUCAUGAGUAUUGGUUUCAUUGCUUUUGUUGCUAUUCUUCAUGUAAUGGGUAAGCUUUACUUUGUUCGAAAAGAGUAGAGCGGGUUUUGUUUGCCUAUCAAAUUUUAGUAUGGUGAGUUCUGGAUUUUGGAAGGCAGUGUUUGCCAAGUUUAUUGCAGAAAGACGUUGCUCAAAGUAAUAUGAUUCUUGUUCUAAGCUUUGCUUUAGACACAUUCAAAAUUUUAAUAGUAGUUUUUUCUUAAUGAGAAUUUACAGUUGAUUUAA